AUGGGCGAGGUCUGGUUCCUGACCCAGGGCAGCGCAGGGCAGGGCGGCCGGACAGGCGGCCAACUGCAUUUCCAUCAACACCUAUUCACUGAGCUCUCGCCCCGGGCUAGGCUCACGGAACAGGCAGGACGUAACAGCAACGGUGCAGACGUGAGCCCCAUCCUCGAGAUGCUCGGAGCCUGCGUCAGUGUCAGAAUCAUUCGGAGAGGACAUUCAACAAGAAACCAGCCAGUGCAACUCACCACUGCGACGGUCAUGAACAAGGAAGGGCUGAGAAACAGUCAGAGACCAAAGGAGAUCAGAGAGACAGGAGGACUUAAUGCAAUAUGGAGGCUGGGGGCCACAGCGAAGGAGAGACAGCAAGACGUCCGGGUCUGUGACCCAAGUAGCAAGAGAAACCCUGCAGUGGGAAGCCUGGGCCUGGCGGCUGAGAGCCGCCCCACUCUCCACGGCUGGAGAAGAGCCCGCGUGCCAGUGGAGAUCAAGCACAGCCAAACAAUAAGCCAGUUCUGCUUGUUCCGGGGAGCUGAACCACCUUCUCAACCAGAGGAACACGGGGAGAGGCGAAAACAUCAUUUGGCAGCCAUGUUCCUCAAGCAGAGAAGCACUAUUACAGGCUGGGUAGAUGAAAAAGCCCUCCCAAAGCCCCCUCCCUUGGCUCGCGUGGCCCAGCGCGUCCUGGGCUGGCACCACCGGGUGGACCCCUCCCCGUGGGGGCCCCUGCCGGCCACUCCCCACUCUGCUGGGGAGGCUGGGCCCCAGGGUCUCUCAGGACGUAGAAGGCCCCGUGAGCAAGCACAUCCCUGGAGUGCUGGAAUUCCUGUGGCAUCUCCAGUGUUGAUAUUGCAAACACCACAAGAACUCAUUUUUCAUGCUAUUUCAGCUGAAAACAGCCAUGGCCUGGAGAUCAGGGCUGCGCCGCCGGGCUCCGCUGACCGGCCGGCCGCAGGUGGCCGGCCCAGGUGCGCGGGGCCGGGCCAGGCUCUCUUCCGGGACGGCGGGCUUGAGGAAUGA